AUGAUGGAUAUUGCUGUUGAGUUUAAUGAUCAAUGCAAAGAAAUUGAAUUUGAAGAAAAUGAUACUAAUAUUACAACUAAAAAUAAAAUUGUAGAUAGAUUUUUGGAUUCUUCGAAUCCAAAAUUACUUAUUGAUUUUAAUUUCUACUCAAUUUGGUGGUAUUAUAAAAAAGUAGGAAAAGAAAUAAAUUUAGAUGAAUUUAACUAUCAAAAAUACAAAGAACAAGUUCGACAAUUGUCUUUGAUUGAAAAUCCAACUGAACAACAGUUAAAUAUGUGCAUGUUAAAGGUGAAACCAUGCCGAAUUCAAGAUAAUCAAGAAUACGUAUUUUCUAAUGAGCCAGAAAAUGAAGUGGAAAGACCAGAGGAAAAUGUAGAGUCAACUAAUCAAGAUCAAAAUGCUCUCACUCCUCCAUCAUCAACAACAACAACAAUAACAGACGAAUCAACAACACCGAGAUCAAUUCUAUGUGGUUUACAAAAUAUGGGAAACACCUGUUUUUUGAAUGUAAUUUUACAAACAUUAGCCCAUACGACAGUCUUACAGGAUUGGAUUUUCCAAAACAACCAUGUUGACACAUGUCAACGUCCGAUUUGUUCUCUCUGUUUGAUCGAAGGUGCAUUGAAAAACAUGCACGCAAAAUCCGAAAUCAGUAAAGGGUUAUUGCAGCCAACUGUGCCAGUAUAUGCACCAAAUGUAUUUUACGAUAACUUGGAAUGUUUAUCAUCACAAUUCACAAAAAAUACUCAACACGAUUGUAAUGAACUUUUACUGAGUUUAUUUAAACAUGUCGAAAAAUCAUCCAUUUUAUCAGAAAUUUUUGGGUUUGAUACUCAACGUGUCACUUUCUGUGAAAAAUGUGACAAUUCAUCAUUUGCUUCUCGCGAGUGUCAAACAAUCCUUGAAUGCCCUAUGUCAGAAGCAGAGAGUGAACUAGGGGAUUGUUUAAACAACUACUGUGGAAAAGAAUUUCUCGCCGGUGAUAAUGCAUAUGAUUGUAAUACGUGUAAAGCUAAACAAAAUGGAGAAACGAAAAUAGAAAUCUGUUCGACACCACCUGUUUUGUUAAUUUCACUAAAACGAUUUAAAACAAAUAGUCGCGAAAAACUACAUUCUGCGGUCACAUACAAAGAAUCAUUUGAUCUUGACAAAUGGUUAAGUGAAGAAUGUUUGGCUCGUAGUACUAAAAAACAGAAAUUUUACCAUCUUUAUGCCGUCAUUAUUCAUUAUGGCAUCAAUAUAGAAAGCGGUCAUUAUAUUUGUUACGUCAAAAAUGAAUUUAGUAAUGUAUGGUAUGAAGUAAAUGAUGAAUCGUUGCAAAAAGUUUAUUCGUUGCCGUCUGUGUUCGACAAGACAAAAUCAGUUUAUCUAUUGUGUUACGUACGAUCCGAUCUCAGUAAACCGAUAAUAACUAGAAACGUAAAAGAAACGGAUAUAUCAACUGAGCUGAUUGGCGGACGGAUGGCAGAUGAAAAUCACAUUGAUCUUCCAGUGAACAUCACCUCAGAUCUAUUAAAUGCGUUGAAAAAUCUCGUUCAGUUUUAUUUUGUGGAGAAUGUCUACCAUGAACAAAGACGUUAUGGGAGAUGCGACGUAUUUGGAAAAUUGGAUUCAGACCAAUCGAAAGCCUCAAGUCGUCUUUGGAUUAAAGGAAAAUUGAACGAAAAAGGGAAAACCAGUUAUCCAAAGUUAAAAUUGGGUAUCCCUUCUGAAUUACAUGAGGCUAAUUGGUCACUGAAAGUAUAUGUUAUUACGGAAAAAAGUAAAAUCACCGCCAUGCAUUAUUUAAAUUUGGAAAAAAGAAUCUUGCAAUCGUCAACUGAUCGAUCGGCUCCAUUAGUCAAUCCAGUCAAAAUCAGAAUAACACCAAAGGAUGUGUUAGAUGGAAUUCAUAAUUUACAAGUGUGUGUUAUUAAUGAGGGAAAAUUAAGUGUUGCAGAAACUCUUCCUCUACAGUCGGUUUACAAUCCUAAAACAGAAGAAUUUUGGUUAUGGCACAAUUCUAACGUUGCAAAUAAUUCGAUAACUGCUAACAAGCAAAAGAUCGAUUUAAAGAAUUUCCAUUUGGCCUGUGUGCUGUGUGUCAACGGUUUACCACUGAGAUGUUGCAUUUCGGAUCAUAUGUCUCAAUAUGAUAGCGGUACGAAAAAGGGAUGCAAACGAAAAAUGAAAGAAUCACCAUCAGUAAUAAAAGAAAAAGGUCGUGUAAUAGAAAAACAGCGUGAAGACGAAAUGAUGGUUGAUUAA